AUGCCAUUGCGUUCAUUGGCGGUACGCCAUUUCUCAAGACUGUCUUCAUCGUCGUUCUUCCACUGGGGCCACAGAAGAGCUGAACCGCUUACGCUAGUUGCAUCUACAGAUCCAUUUAAACCACGAACGUUUACUUCAUCUACUAGUCCUCCUAUAGAAGUGAAGUCUUGCCAGCUGCUAGCUUCUGCUACGGCUCCUGAAUUUGUUGGAUCUCCACAUCUGAAGCUACACAAUGUUGUGUGGAGAGAUCCAGUGCAGAAUAUCUAUAUUGUGAAGAAACCGUGGAACGAUGCGGUGCUAACGGCAAUGGUUCAAUUUAUCAAUUUCAUUCACAACGACUAUCCAAGUCUUAAUGUCAUUGUGUCCCCGGACGUUGCUGACGAGCUUAAGACUGAGUACCAGAAGCAGUCGGUGCCUAAAACCCGUAUACUCUAUACGGGAUCGGUUGAAGAAAUUGUUGCUAAAACAGAUUUAAUUGUUACUCUUGGUGGUGAUGGAACUACACUUCGGGCGGUGCUGGCCUUUCUGAAUUCCAGGGUACCUCCAGUGCUCAGUUUUGCAUUGGGUACUCUAGGGUUCCUCUUGCCAUUUGACUUUGCUCACCACAAAAGAGUCUUUCAGACAGUCUAUGAGUCAAGGUCAAAGGCACUUCACAGAACAAGACUCGAGUGCCAUGUUGUGCGUCGUAAAGAAAGCGAAGAACGAGAAAGGGCCGGCAAGAAACCAGAACAGGUUCGUCGCUAUGAACUCCAGCAUUACAAACAGCAUCAUAAUGCCACUAUGCUCCAUGCCAUGAAUGAUGUUUCGUUGCAUAGAGGGUCUCAGCCCAACUUGGUGCUGUUGGACAUUUAUAUUGAUAGCGAGUUUCUCACCACCACUACUGCUGAUGGUCUCGUCUUUGCAUCUCCUACUGGCUCCACGGCUUACUCGCUUUCAUCAGGCGGGUCAAUUGUGAACCCAUUGGUACCAUGUAUACUACUUACGCCUGUGUGCCCGAGAUCGCUUUCGUUUAGACCUCUCAUUCUACCAACUACAUCGCAUAUAAUGGUCAAGCUACCUGUGACAAACCGGAACAGCCUGAUCAACCUCAACAUUGACGGUAUUCCGCAGGCGGAGCUUCAUCCAGGAGACGAAUUGCAUUUGGUCAGUGAAAACGGAACAAUUUACAUCCCUGGCAAACACCAGCCACCACAUACUUUGGCUGCAAAACAAGGAUUCGACGACCUUUUAGAGCCAGGAGCUAUGACGAUCAAGGAGAACCCAAGUAAAGGAAUUUAUUGCAUUGCCAAGACGGAAAACGAUUGGACAAAGGGAAUCAACGAACUUUUAGGAUUCAAUAAGUCGUUCAAGGGAAAGAUGAAGAUCUAA